AUGGUGAACAAAACAACUGCAAUAGAAUUUGUCCUUCUGGGAUUUGCCAAUCUUCGAGAACUACAGGUUGUACAUGGUGUGUUCUUUCUCUCCAUUUACUUAAUGGCCUUGGUGGGAAACUUUCUCCUGAUUGCUGCUGUCGCCCAGAAUCACCACCUUCACAGUCCCAUGUAUUUCUUCUUGGUCAACCUUUCCAUUGCUGAUGCCUGCUACAUUUCAACUACAGUUCCCAAAUCCAUGGUGAAUUCUUUGAUGGACAGCAAGCAGAUUUCAUUCUCUGGAUGUGUCGCUCAGGUUUUCCUGGUGAUCUUGCUUGCAAGUUCUGAGCUGUUCCUUCUCACUGCCAUGGCUUAUGACCGCUAUGCAGCCAUCUGCCAUCCUCUACGAUACCAGCGGAUCAUGAACUGGAAUGUUUGCCUCCAAAUGGCAGCUGUGUCUUGGGUCACCUCUGUCACCAUUGCAGUGGUACAUACUGUGAACACAUUUUCAUUACAGUUCUGUCAGUCCAAUGUUAUUGAACAAUAUUUCUGUGAUAUCCCUCAGUUAUUAAAGAUAUCUUGCACUGAUACAGCAACUGCUAUGAGCCUUGUUCUUGCCAGUAUACUUAGCUUAGGCUCAUUUUGCUUUACAUUCAUAUUUGUUUCUUAUGCUUACAUCUUCUCUGCUGUGUUCAAGAUUCAGUCAGCUCAGGGCAGGCAAAAAGCUUUCUCUACCUGCACUCCCCACUUGACAAUCUUUUGUUUGUUUUUCUUCACUGCUUCAUUUUCAUACAUGAGGCCCAAAGCCUUGUCGUCUCCAACUGUGGAUUUGUUGGCUGCUGUUCUGUAUACAGUUUUGCCCCCAGUCAUGAAUCCCAUCAUCUAUAGCUUGAGAAACAAAGACAUCCAGUUGGCUCUGGGCAGAGCCAUGACUAAUUUCCCUUGCAUUUCCUGGGUGGGCUUUGAAAAAAUGGACUGGAAACAUUGA